AUGCCCGCAACGGUCUCAAAACCACGCACCCUGUACGAUAAGAUCUGGGACGACCAUGUCAUAGACGUGCAGGAAGAUGGAUUGGCUCUGAUCUACAUUGACCGACACCUCGUGCACGAAGUUACGAGCCCACAAGCAUUCGAAGGACUGCGAGUUGCCAAGCGUCCCGUCCGCCGUCCUGAUUGCACACUGGCAACCGUGGACCAUAACAUUCCCACGGCAUCGCGAAAGAAUUUUUCAUCAGUCCCAUCCUUCAUCGCCGAACCCGACUCACGCGCACAAUGUAUGGCGUUGGAGGAGAACGUCAAAGAGUUUGGCGUAACAUACUUUGGCAUGACAGAUAGACGUCAAGGCAUCGUGCACAUCAUCGGCCCAGAGCAAGGGUUCACGCUCCCCGGUAUCACCUGUGUAUGCGGUGAUUCCCACACGUCCACCCACGGCGCGUUCGGUUCUCUGGCGUUCGGCAUUGGGACGUCCGAGGUCGAGCACGUCCUCGCGACACAGACCUUACUGCAGAAGAAGGCUAAGAACAUGCGCAUCACAGUUGACGGUGAUCUCCUCGAAGGUGUCACAUCCAAGGAUGUCAUCCUCCACAUUAUUGGUGUCAUUGGCACAGCAGGCGGGACUGGGUCUGUCAUUGAGUACGCGGGCUCGGUCUUCCGUGGGUUCAGCAUGGAAGCGCGGAUGAGCGUCUGCAAUAUGUCGAUCGAGGCUGGUGCUCGUGCAGGCAUGGUCGCUCCUGAUGAAGUCACCUUUGACUACCUCCGGAAUCGACCGUUGGCGCCGAAAGGCGAGGCUUGGGAUCGCGCCGUCGCGUAUUGGAAGUCCUUGAAGUCCGACGAGGGUGCCCAGUUCGACAUCGAGGUCAAGAUUCGUGCCGCGGACAUCAUUCCUACAGUUACCUGGGGUACCUCUCCUCAGGACGUUGCCCCCAUCACUGGCAGCGUUCCUGAUCCCGCCACGUUUUCGGACCCCGUCAAACGCAGCUCCAUUGAGCGCUCGUUGAAGUACAUGGGCUUGACACCAAAGACCCGCAUGGAAGACAUCACGAUUGACAAAGUGUUCAUUGGAUCUUGCACGAACAGUCGCAUCGAGGACCUUCGCUCAGCGGCCAGAAUAGUUCUUGCUGCUGGUCCUGAUGCCAGGGUUGCCCCCAAUGUGCAGGCGAUGAUCGUGCCCGGGUCCGGUAUCAUCAAGCAGCACGCGGAGGCGGAGGGCUUGGACGUGAUCUUCAAGCGCGCUGGCUUUGACUGGCGCGAGGCAGGCUGCUCUAUGUGUCUGGGCAUGAACCCGGAUCAACUGUCGCCCGGCGAACGUUGUGCUAGCACCAGCAACCGCAACUUCGAGGGCCGUCAGGGUGCGGGUGGCCGUACACACCUUGUCAGCCCCGCCAUGGCAGCUGCCGCGGCGAUGACGGGGAGGCUCACCGAUGUCCGCAAGUUCUUUGGUAAAGACGUUGUCUCCAGUGACAAGCUAAAGUCGAUCACCGCGUUCGAGUUCCUCUCUGACCCUGUCCUGCCGUCCCCCACGCCGGAGACGCCCGUCGUAUCCGAGUUGACCAAGGAUCUGCCCCCAGCCGAAGCGCCGUCGAGUGUGCAGAAAUUCACGAUCGUCAAGGGAAUCGCUGCGCCCCUGCAUAUCGAGAACGUUGACACCGACAUGAUCAUCCCGAAACAGUUCUUGAAGACUCUGAAGCGGACUGGCCUCGCGAGCGCGCUGUUUUACACGCUGCGAAAAGACCCCAGCACGGGGAAGGACACCGACUUUGUGCUGAACAAGGCGCCAUACGACAAUGCGAAGAUCCUCGUGUGCACCGGAAAGAACUUUGGCUGCGGCAGCUCGCGCGAGCACGCACCCUGGAGUCUGAAUGAUUUCGGUAUCCGUUGCAUCAUCGCGCCGAGUUUUGCGGACAUCUUCCGGAACAACACGAUGCAGAAUGGAAUGCUGCCGGUUGCGCUGUCGGAGGCCGAGUGCCGCACGCUUGCGGAGGAUGCGGAGGCGGGGCUGGAGCUGGAGGUGGACUUGGACAGGCAGGAGGUGCGACGGGCGAACGGGAAGGCGCCCAUCGGUUUCACGACGGAUCCGUUCCGGCGACACUGCCUGUUGAAUGGGCUGGACGACAUUGCGCUGACGUUGCAGAAGGUGGGGUCGAUCGAGCGGUUCGAGGAGCGGCGGAGCGAGGUGUGGCCGUGGCUGGACGGAUUUGGGUACAAGGGCAAGAAGAUUCCGGUAGCACCUGCUCGGGGGAGCAAAAAGAUGGAGUGGUGAGGUGGGGAGGGGAUUCGAUGGGGAUGGUGGGGUGUGUACCAGUAGUGUACUGCAUGGCAUAACUUGCGAGAGC